AUGGCUGGCUACUUAAUGUCAUUAACGCCGACCUUCACACAAGGGCUUGUCCUCGGCCAGCUAUCUAUCAUUGUCGUGCUUUGGCUCAUCCUCAAGUACUUGUUCUUGACCCAGUCUUCGGAGGCUUCCCCUCUUUAUCAUCCAAUCCCAAAGCUACCAAAAUCUGAUGGACCUGCAUACCAGCAAGCGGACGAUUCAAGUGACAAGAGCUUAGAAGACACAGAGUCCGCUGAAUGGUUCAACAUGCUUGCGCAACAGAUUACAGAGGUUUACCGCUCAAAAUUGAGACAGGACACUCCCGGAGACGCAGGGGACGAGAUUGCGAGACAGCGAAUAGAAGAAUUCGCCAACAAGAUUCGUCCUGUCGGGCUUCUGGACCAUAUCUCCGUGCACACCGUCGAUCUUGGCAUCUCUGCCCCUCAAGUAUCUAAUGCUCGGGUGAACAAGAACGCUAUAUCCCAGGAAUCAGUGAGUAACGUGCAGCUGGACGUCACCUAUACAGAUGUGGUAUCGAUAUCACUCUCAACAGCAUACCUCUUCAAUUACCCUAUGCCGUCAUUUGCAAGACUUCCUGUGUCCAUUACGAUCGCUCUGUCAUUAUUCCAGGCCUCAAUAAUAUUAACGACUCCAGCACCUUCAUCACCCAUACCAACGCUAACUUUUUCGCUGCUGCCUGAUUUUACUCUUGACGUCAAGACAUCGUCACUAAUGGGCAGUCGAGCUAUGCUUAAAGAUGUACCCAAACUCCAUGAGCUAAUUCAGCAACAAAUACACCGCGUCCUGGCUACACGCGGGGUUUGGAGCGUCGUUCUUCCAGGCCUGAGUACUGUCAAAGCCGUCAAGGAGGAAUUGCUAGGAAGUGGCAGCUAA